AUGAAUUUAUGGCAAACAAGAAGUCAUCUAGAAAAUGCAGAAUUGAACAUGGAAAGUAAAUUUCCUAUUUACUUACCAAAUCACAACCAUAUUACUGAACUUAUUAAGGAAGCAUGGCUUGCAAACGAUGGAGAGCCAAACCAUUCAGACUACCGCUACAAAUUUACCAGAAUCCCGUGUCAAGGAUCUUUGAAGUUUGGAUUUUUGAAUUUGAAAUUGAAACAGAUUGGUCUUAAUUAUUUGGGACCACUUUCAAUCAAAAUUGACAAUGGAUAG